GAUUCAUAUGUGAGACACUUGCUGUUCUAACAUUAAAAUUUUUGAACUUUCAUACGGAAAUAAUCUAAUUGACAGCAAAAUGUUUGUGGUUUUUCUGACUUUGGCUUUAAUUUGUGGUUGCCGUGGUUACCCAUCUGGAGCGCCUCAAUCGGCAUGUGACGACAUGACCCCAGCCCAUGGCGUUUCUCCUCAAAAGACGCCAUCACCAUACGUCAUCAUACUGUCAACUUCCAAGUUAUCUGUCGAUGAAUAUCUUACGAUUUCAAUUUCUCCUAAUGAUGGCAAGACGACAUUUAAAGGUUUUCUAAUAGAGGUUUAUACAGACUUGGCAAGUCCAGUCAAGUUUUCAGAAGGAGAAUUCACGGUUCCUGACAAUGCUCACACACAGUGUAAUGGGGGUGCCACACAUUCUGAUGCAAACCCAAAACUAAUUAUAACCCUUUCCUGGAAACCUACUACAAGUUUUACCGGAAAAGUUAAGUUUAGGGCCACGGUUGUACAAUCCUACACAACGUUCUGGGAAAAUAUUGAGUCUGAAUCACUAAGCGUUGAUUAUUUUCUUCCAUCUGCAUCUCCUUUUACAAAGUCACCAGACGACCAGCCUCGCUGUGAGAAAGGUUUUGGUUGCUUCAAAUCUUGUCCCACUGAGUCAUGUGACGGCGUCGUCCAAUGGAAAAAGAGAGAAAAUUUCAUAGAUUUUAGCAUUAUAAUUCGCUUAGAAAAUCCCAACGAUAGAUGGAUCGCUAUUGGACUCUCGCCUACUGGUAAAAUGCCACGAACCAGUGUCAUGAUGUGCAUGUAUUACAAUGAUAAAUUUGAAGUUUUGGACGGAAUAAAUAAUGGAUAUACUUUCUCUAUACUACCAAAUAGCACACUCGGAUUGGUCAAUAUAACUGCUAAUGUGACAGGUCAAAUUAUGACAUGCUCUUUUUCACGUAAAAUUGACGUCCCUGAGGAUUCUGUAGAUGUUUACAGCUUAAACAAAACAUAUUUCCUGUUACUCGGAAAUGGACCAGUCAGAAACGGUAAGCCUGAGCAGCAUGAGGAGACUCCUGAAGUCAGUGGCCAAAAGGUUAACUUUCUGCUGAAUGAGGAUAUUCAACCUCAGAAACCAUCAAUGCUCCUCUACAAAUUACAUGGAAGUUUGAUGAUAUUUGCUUGGAUAUUUCUGUCCAGUAUUGGUAUAAUAACCGCCCGUUAUUACAAGUCAGAGUGGAGGGAUAUGAUGCCAUGCGGAGUCAAAGUCUGGUUUGCUAUUCACAGGACAGUCAUGUCACUUGUGUUUCUUGUUACCACAGGAGGAUUUGUGUUAAUCUUUAUGGAAGUCGGUUCCCUUCUUCAGGAAAACGAAGGAAGCGUCUAUUUGAGGUACCAUCCAGCACUUGGAAUAUCCGUCAUGGCACUGACAGUUGUAAACCCCAUUAUGGCUCUAUUUAGAUGCAGUCCUGGUCACAAAUAUCGGGAGGUCUUUCAUUAUUCUCACAUGUUUGUUGGAACUUCUGCACAAAUUCUAGCAGCUAUUACGAUAUAUUUUGGAGUGAACCUAGAAAAGUCAAAUACACCAAAGGGGGUCUCAUACAUCGUUAUAGCCUAUAUAGUCACUUAUGUCAUCAUUGAGCUUAUGUUAGAAUGUGAAAAAUAUUUCAGAACUCGAGGAGAUGAUUCUGAAAGACAUUUACUUCUGAAAUCGGCUUUGAGCGAGCAUCCAUCUUCAAAAUCACAGUCUAAAGUAAAUGGUUUGAAAUUUUCCAUCUUGAUGUUCCAUUUCUUAUGUAUGUCCGUGUAUUGUUUAGCACUUAUUUAUUUUGUUGCAUCAGCAUAGCAAGAACAAAAUAAUCUGUCGAUGAGAGAGAGAGAGUGAG